CGGCUUUGGAAGUUACACUCGCCUUGAUAUUGUUUGGGUUCGCGGACUUGUUGUCAGGGUUUCUCUGACACAAGAUGGAAUUGUCAAAGGAUAUUCCACAAGACAAUGUCUCCUUUGCGAAGGAGAAGAGCAUCCUUAAUGAUAUUGCCCAGGAGACUCGGGAAAUGCCCGGCUAUGGCUCCCUCACAGAGGAGGAGCUGAUGGAGAAAGUGGAGAACAUCCUGUUAGAAAGAAUUAAGAAUGGGGACAAGCAUGCUUACUUUCAGCUGGGGUUAUUUUAUUAUGAGCAGAAUCUGUUUGACAAAGCUAGAAUCUACUUUGAGCGGUCCAAGGACUUUGAUUUCCAGUCGCUGUAUAUGCUGGCCUGUAUGUUGUAUGAUGGAGAGGGAGGCAAGCCUGACGAGAAAGCUGCCGUAGAAUAUCUAAAGAAAAUAGCACACUCAGAUUCCAAGCAUGCGAAACAUCUCAAGUAUUCAGCAUUGUUCAACAUUGGGCGAGCGUAUUUCCAGGGAUACGGUGUCAAACAGUCUGAUGAUGAGGCACUGAGGUACUGGUUAUUAGCUGCUGAUGACGGCAAUCCCUCAGCUAGCGUCCCCGCUCAGACGACACUCGGCAUGUUUUACUCUCGACCUGACAGUCUUGAUCUCAAGAAAGCUUUCUUCUGGCACAAUGAAGCUUGUGGAAAUGGAAGCUUGGAAUCUCAAGGUGCAUUAGGUGUGAUGUAUGAGUAUGGUAUAGGAGUGAAGCAGGACGCAGACAGUGCGUACGUCUGUCUGAAGGAAGCGUCGGACCGGGGGAAUGUGUAUGCCAUGGGGAAUCUUGUGGCUAAUUAUUACAGAAGGAAACUGUACACUAAGGCAGCUGAUCUGGCAGCCAGGGUUUCACAAUUUUCAGAUGUCAAGCGAUUAUCAGAAGAAACAGGCUGUCUGCCCAGCUACCUAGCAAAGGGGAUCGCGAUGGGGUGCUUCUACUAUGCCAGGUGUCUCCACGAGGGGCACGGGGUGAAGAAGGACGAGGAAGAGGCCAAGAAAUAUUAUUCAAAGUCUUAUCAAUUUGACCCUGAUGUUUGUGCCAGAUUACAGAAUAUUACUCAGCAUGGUGUUAUAUGAUUGUUUGUUACUGUGAUGUCAGAACAUUAUGAUGUCAUCAUUUUGAUACUAUUCAGCAUUAUGAGGGCCUCAGUGGGAAUCUGCUGCUGUUUCUACAGUUUUUGAUUGUUAUACAGUAAUGCCUUAUGUGUUAUAUUGUUUUUGUUUACAUUCUCUUUUCUGUGAUAUGUAUUUUUUACAUACAAUUCUACUGCAUUUAAACUGUCCUUUUAAAUUAUUUUUUUAUAUCAUGUUUACCCUUGAAAAUUUUGUGCCAAGAUUAGAUUAUACAGUUUUCAAUGUCAGGUCCAGAAAUCAUUGCCUAAAAGUAUAAAAGCAUUACUUACAAAAGCCAAAUGUACUUGGUCAAAUUACCAGUAACUUUAUUCUGAUAUAGUGUUGUCAAAAUGACAUAUUGCCUUGAACCUGUAGAGAAUUGCAAACCCUGGAGGCAGACAUUGUGUAUUACUGCAUGUCCUAGUCAACCUGUCUAAAUGUUAAUGCGUAUAUAUCAGUCAUUUACUUACAGCACUCCCUAAAGUUUUCCUGUUUUAAGAUACCUAAUAAAUUAAAAUUCACAGACAAAAAAGAAUUUAUUGCUCUAUAUUUCUUAUGCAAGCAGAGCUCUGGAAAAUUGAUUUAUUUGAACUGGCAUGAAGUGUAAAUUGAGUUAAAUAGGUUAACUGUGUUGAUUGUUCGUCCAUAUGUAUUGAUUUUUAUAGUACUUCUUGGGCUUGAUAGAUUUACAUUCAACAUCAGAGGCAAUCAUUGUCCAUUUUAUAGAAAUAUUACAAAUUUUUUACAUGCAUGAGUUUUGUCAAUCCAUAUAUAUAGCAUAAUUGUAAGUGCACACCUAGUUUUUCGAUAAACCACAAAAUUAUAACUGGUUUAUUGAUAUAUAAUUACAAUUACCAAACUUGUACUAUUAUUGUAUUUGGCUGAGUAAAAGAUACCAAAAUGUAUUAUGCUACAAGCAAUUUAAAUUAAAGAUCAGUAUAUCAUUAUUAAGUUUUUUUAAAAAAAAUUACGUAACAGUAAGCUAUAUACCUUGACCUAUUUAUUUACUGAGUGUACAUAGUAUUUUCUGUUUUGCACCUGUGUUGUAUUUUAGAUCCUACAUGCUUUUUUUUGUUAGAACCACUUCGUACCUAUGUUACAGUCAUGUUUUAAAAACCUCCAGCCAAAAAGAAUGUGACAUCAUGAUUCAAAGUUUUUAGUCCUAUUCACUGGGGGUAUGUCUUAAAUAAAAUGCAUUGUACAUUAGUCAUUUUAUAAUAUUUAUUUUGAGUUUAAAAGUCCGGAUAAUUUUUUUUAAAUUCAAUUAUUGAGCUUUGGAAUUAUAGGGUUGUCACUGUGUACAUAUUUUGAAUAUUUCACAAACACAUCUUAUAUAACAAAGGACAGAAAGUUUUUGUACAUACAUAACAAGUUAAGGAUUCAUGAAUUAUUCUGCUAGAUUGUUUUUGAGAUAAUUUCUGUGUGCAAUGUAUGUUAUUACAAUGUAUGUUAUUACCGAAUAUAUCUGAGCCCUUGAAUCAGAAUCAAACUGUGAUCUUAGGCACUUUGUAUCAUUUGAUAUAUAUAUAUAUAUUUACUUUUAGUUUGUUUUACUGCACCUUAUACAUGUAUUGUAGCCAUUCAGUGGUGUUUGUUAUAGAUAUGUGAUACUGUUAUUUAUAUGUUUGUAAUUUUUCCCUGUUUUUGUAUAAAGCAUGUCUUUUAUAAAUCUGUGAAAA